AUGAGUACAGGUUCUUGGAGAGUAGUCGAUGCCAUUGUGCCCUGUUCAAUCGGGCCGUAUUAUAUGUGUUCGGCAAUCCUGAAAGGAAUGCCAUAUUGGCUGGGCCUUGAACUUUUUAGGGAAAACACAAGUGUUGAAAUUAAGGAGUCUGUGGUAUGUUUUGACAUGGGGAAUGAGGUGUUUCGGCAGGUGCAUGUCCCAGAUGCUGAAGGUUCUUACUCUGUCUACAGGAUGGAGCUAUGGGUACUCCAUGAAUCCCUGGCUAUAAUCUACUAUCCUUGGCGACGUUGGCGUGAACAAACCAGCAAUUUCGUUGAAAUUUGGGUGAUGAAAGAUGACGAUUGUUGGAUCAAAGUAGAGAUGAUUGGACCCUUUUCAAGUAUUGGGAUCCCCCUUGGGUGUUGGAAAGAUGGGGUGAUCGUAUGGCAGAAUGGUAAGGAGUUGUUAGUGUAUGACCCUAAUACCAGAGCAGUAAACGGACUUUCCAUAUAUGGGGUGGUUUCGAAGUUUUUUUCUGUGAGGGUUUCUACUUACAUGGAGAGCCUACUUGCUCUAUGA